GCUAUUCAAAAUGUCAGAUAUAAUAAUAGAUAAUCAUGAUGAUAUAACCAAAUAAAAUAUCAUAACUGAUGUUCAUGAGUUUGAUAAUUCAUCUGAAUAAAGAAUACCAACUUUGGUCUCUUAAAGUCAACCACCAUCACUUUCUAAAAGUGAACUUAUACCUAAAAACACUAAUCAAUUUUUAAACACUACAAUCCCUUUGGGUACUACUCUUGAAUGUGAUGUGAAAAUUAUAAAAGGAUGGUUUGGUCGCCAUAUUAAAUAUAAUUUCUAUCAUUCAAAGACUCAAAAACUUUUACUCUCUGCUAGAAAAUCAUUAUGUUCAGGCAGUAAUUAAUUUUAGUUGAGUAAAUCAGAAAAUAAUCUUGAUAUUGUUGGAACAUUAGAGUAAUAUUAAAUAUUUUAAUUUAGGUCUAAUUUUACAGGUACAGAAUUUAUUUUGUAUUCAAAUGGACUUUCUUACAAGAAUUCAAAUGAUAAAAAAGCCUUAAGAACAGAAUUAGCAUAUAUAAAUUAUGAAUACUAGCUAUUAAAAACUAGAAGUAAUUAUAUAAUAUUAAUUUUAAAGGAAAUAUGUUUAAAGCGUACAUUCCUUCCUUUAUAAAUGAUCAACCUCACAAAAUUAUUCCUAUAGAUGAAAAUACAGGUUUAAAAAUCAAGAGUAGAUUUUCUAAAAAACGAAAUGAAGAAUAUUUCGAAUUCCAAACUUAACAACCAAUUUGGAGUGAUAAAUAUUAAUAAUUUACACUUCCAUUUAAUUCUAGAGUAAACAGCGCAUCUGUUCAUAAUUUUUUAUUAAAAUAAUUAACAGAUGAUGGUAAAUUAACCAAAAAUGUUGCAAUUUAGUUUGGAAAAUUUAAUGAUAAAAUCUUAAAUAUUGAUGUUACUUACCCAUUCACUCCAUUGCAAGCCUUCUCAAUUAUAAUUAGCUAGUUAGAUAAUAAAUUGUUAAUCUGA